AUGCAGGGCUUCCUGGACGAAAGACGUGAACCACUGUCUCUUAUCAACCUCAAAAAGAAAAAUGAAGAAACUGGGGAAGAAGAACUUGCCUCACGCUUAGAUCACUGCAAAGCAAAAGCCACUAGGCACAUAUUCCUUAUCCGUCAUUCUCAAUAUAAUUUGGAUGGCCGGGCUGAUAAAGACAGAACUCUGACCCCACUUGGUCGAGAGCAGGCUGAACUGACUGGACACAGGCUGGCAAGUUUGGGAAUAAAAUUUGAUCAGAUUAUCCACUCCUCCAUGACUAGAGCAACUGAAACAACUGAAAUUAUAAGCAAACAUCUCCCAGGAGUCAAAAAAAUUAGUACUGAUCUGCUGAGAGAGGGAGCACCUAUAGAACCAGACCCUCCAGUCUCUCACUGGAAACCGGAAGCUGUGCAGUAUUAUGAAGAUGGAGCUCGAAUUGAGGCUGCUUUUCGAAACUUCAUUCAUAGAGCUGACGCAAAGCAGGAAGAAGACAGCUACGAGAUCUUCGUCUGCCAUGCCAACGUGAUCCGCUAUAUUGUGUGCAGAGCAUUGCAGUUCCCCCCAGAAGGCUGGCUGCGAAUGUCUCUUAACAAUGGCAGUAUAACUCACUUGGUGAUACGUCCGAAUGGAAGAGUGGCACUUCGAACACUGGGUGACACAGGUUUCAUGCCUCCAGAUAAAAUCACACGCACCUGAAUGAGCAAAACUGGUGGCUGUCCAGGAGCUGCCUCUAGUCUCUUUGCACUAGUACAUUCAGCUACAGUACCACUAGGUUUUUAUCUGUUAUGUUGGGGUGUGAUGCUGUCUUAAAAAUGUCCUUUAGCCCCUUGCCUCCUUCAUACAUAUUUGUAUCUGCCUUUCAGUCCAGAAAAGAAGGAAUCUUUGUAAGCCUGAAGCUGCCCAAUCCUCAAGUAUUCCCCAAAACUCAAAGCUGAGCUGUGGAAUACAAAGAGAUUGAAUGUCUGUGUGCUCAGCAGUUGCAAGAGCACCGACUUCCCCCCCUCCCCGGCCCCGUGAAUUUCUAACACCAAAGCUUGCUCCUGUGGAUAUUUUUCUUGUGCAGGAAAGCAAUUGGUGGGGAACUGGAAGGAACGGCCUUGUAUCACGCUGCAGCUAAAACUGAAGAUGAGCCAGCUUGUUUCAGCUCUCGCAGAAGUGACAAACAGGGUAUUCUGCUGUUCAAAGGACAAAGGGAUAAGGCUUCAGUUUUUGUAAGCUGUUGAAGAUGUAUGUUUAUGUUGUGUCACUGUUCCCCUCUACCCCCAAAAAGCUCACGUAAACUGUGCCUGGAGGUUGUAAGCAUAAAGCAAAGAGGGUAAAAAAACCAUUUGCCUCAGAGCUUGGUGCUGGAAUUAACUGCUGCUUAUAUUAAGUAAGUAAGUGUUCCUCCACCCUCAGGAAGUUCUUUAAGCUAUUCUGAAUAAUGUUUUUCAGUCUCGUAAAGCCUUUAAUUAAAACUUGGCCUGUAGAAGGAUGUAGGGAUGAGUUUGUAGCAGUAAGAUGGAAGGAAAUGAAAGCAAUCUUCUGCAAGUGCUUCCAGUUACUCUGACGUUUUUGAGGUGUAGUCUUUCAUUUCUGCUUUCUCCCACUGAUUUGUGUAUGUUGAUACCUUGCUUUCAGAGCAGAGAAAUUAACACCACUGAGUCCAAGGUGGUGAUACUUCAGGUCAGAGGUUCUGCAGUAUUGGAGCAAACUCCUGCUUAAAACUACUGCUGCCUGAGUGGUGAAAAAGUAUCUAUCUGUGGGAUGGCUUUUCUAGGCCAAGUGGGUAGUACAGACUGCUCUAAGUGGCUCCUUUGUGCAGCUCUGACACUGCUGGACUUGGUCUGGGAAAAAAAUGCGAGUGGCCAAGAACUAGGUUACAUUUUUGUGGGGAGGGCUCAGAAGCAUUUCAGCUUAAGGAUGUUUGCUCGGCACCCAAACCGGUGUAGUAACUUAGCUCACUUAACACCUGGAACGUUGAAAAAUUUCACUGUAUUCAUAGUCUGCCUUGGUGGUAGAGCAUGUACUCUAGGACAGCAAACAUAAAAACUUGUUUGACAGGUUCUCUUAUCACCAAGAAUGUUGGCGAGACCCUAAACUCGUUCCUGUCAGUGCUGUAUGAAGCAUAAUCACAGCACACAACUAGCGAGACAAGGUUUAGUGGCUUGUUUGGUACAGGACUGCUACAUCAGGAUGAUUCCAAGGAAAAUGGGGCUAGUAGGGAACAAAACACGAUCAUUGUGUAGUGCAAGUUGUGGGGGGCAAGAGGAAACCAUCGUGAUGUUAUCUCUCAUUGAUGCAAUGAGAAUAAUUUAUCAGUUUUUGUCUAUUAACUUUUUAAAAGUUUUGAAUAAAACAACUGGUCUGUCUUUUG